AUGCGAUUAUCGGCCACCCGGGCCCUACGGUGGGCGACGCCCCUUGGUCCAUCAUGGAGUAGAUGCUCCGCGGUGGCUCCCAAGGGUGCAGGUUUAUCGAGAGAUGUCCGCAGCUCAGCUCCGCGCCUCCCUACGCGCCGAUACUUUUCGGGGUCCACCCCGGCUCAGUCUAUCUUCGACGCCGAUUCCACCAUCUAUGCGCUUUCUACCGCAUCCGGCCGGGCUGCCAUUGCCGUCGUGCGGGCGUCGGGUCCUGCCUGUGCGCAAAUCUACAAAUCGCUAUGUCCCGAAGCACCGCUUCCCCGACCCCGCCUCGCAGCCGUCCGCACUCUGUAUGAUCCUUCCCAAAAGCCUUCUCUCAAUAGUGUUCUCGACGCCGGCGCCCUCGUCCUAUACUUCCCAGGUCCUAAGACCGUCACCGGCGAAGAUGUCCUCGAGCUCCAUCUCCAUGGCGGACCAGCCAUUAUCAAAUCUGUUCUGACCGCCAUAUCCCGCACGAACAACCCGGACUCCAAGGUCCGCUACGCUGAACCCGGUGAAUUCACCCGUCGCGCUUUCAUGAACAACCGGUUGGAUCUCCCGCAGAUCGAAGCGCUGGGCGAUACAUUAUCCGCAGACACGGAGCAGCAGCGUCGGCUUGCCGUUCGGGGCGCGAGUGAUGCUCUAUCGAAACGGUACGAACAAUGGCGACAUCAGUUGCUCUAUGCGCGCGGCGAGCUGGAGGCCUUGAUCGACUUCUCGGAGGACCAACAUUUCGAUGAGUCUACCGAAGAACUGGUGUCCUCGGUUGCAUCUCAGGUCAGGACAUUGCGCGCGCAAAUCGCCCUUCAUAUUGAGAACGCCUCGAAGGGAGAGCUGCUGCGCAACGGUAUCAAGGUGGCCCUGUUGGGAGCGCCGAAUGCGGGUAAAAGCUCACUUUUGAACCGUAUCGUGGGUAGAGACGCUGCCAUCGUCAGCACGGAGGAGGGCACCACGCGAGAUAUCGUCGAUGUUGGGAUCGACAUCGGCGGUUGGUACUGCAAGCUCGGCGACAUGGCAGGGAUCCGCUCCGAGCCCAGCGAUCCGACUGGACAGAAGAAGGUGGUGAUUGGCGCCGUGGAGCAAGAGGGUAUCCGGCGGGCGAAGGCUCGCGCAUUAGACUCGGACGUAGCUAUUGUGGUGGUUUCGGUGGAAGACGGAGGCGCACUGCCGUACCGCUUAGCUGUCGAGCCAGAGGUUGUCCUGGCAGCAAACGACUGUGCCCGGGCUGGCAAGUGCGUCGUGGUGGCCAUCAACAAAUGUGACCGGCUGCCAGCCGGCGAUACACUGCGGCAGCUCACCGCAACAGUCGGCCAACUUUUCCCGGCUGUGCCAGAUCAGCGCAUCUUCGGCAUCUCCUGCCUGGACGCCACCAACGGACUGAUCAGACCCGGUCAAUCCGAUCCAGGCUACAUCCAGCAGUUCUUACGGGGACUGAUUACUACGUUCGAGGAGAUUGUCUCCCCCACAGGGAUCGACGGGGACGAGAACGGACAGUACGACCAUUCAUAUUGGGAAGACUCUCUCGGUGUGACGCAUCGCCAAAGCUCUAAUCUACAACGCUGCUUGGAACACCUGGACGACUUCCUGGCCCAGGCGCAACCCGAAAUACAAUCCCAAACGCCUCUAACCCAUGGUUCCCCCCAUGAUUACCUCGAAACAGAUGUAGACAUUGUCACCGCCGCGGAACAUUUGCGCUCCUCCGCCGACACAUUGGCAAAGAUCACCGGCCGCGGUGAAAGUGGCGACGUGGAGGAUGUGCUGGGCGUUGUGUUCGAGAAGUAAGUUAUGCCCUGUGGUUGAAGACAUUCCCGGUGCUGACUUGUGUAGAUUCUGCGUGGGGAAAUGAUAUUGCACGGUGAAUGAUGGCACCA